AUGAGUUGCGAUGAGCAUUGGAUGGUGGUGGAAGAGCUCAACCGAGCUCAAGAGCUCACGAGCCAGCUCCAAGCUGUUCUGCUGCCGUUGCUUCUGCCUGGAAGCCGAAGGUCGGAGUUGGCAAGGGAUCACUUGAGGGAGAUGAUCAGGUGCUCCACCUCCGCCCUCUCUGCGUUGCAGGCUUGCGGUUCGCCUGCUUCGGGGUUCGAUAUGAUCGCCGCCGACGGCCAACGCAUGAGUCCGGAGCAUGAGAAAGUGAGGAAGGACCGGGAGGGUGGUAGGAGCUGGCCUCCUAAAGAUGCCAAGAGAAGGAGGAACGAGGAUUCUUGGUCGAUAAUUACAACAACCCCUCAUGAAGAUGGGCAUAAAUGGAGGAAGUGUGGUGAGAGGCAGAUCCGUGGCUCCAAACGUCCAAGGAGCUACUACAGAUGUGUUUAUGGCAAGGAGCAAGGUUGCGGUGCAAAGAAGACGAUACAAGAAGAAGAUAUCGAAUAUAAUCCGCCAAAAUAUCGCGUAGUUUAUGCAAUUGUGCAUGCUUGUGCUAGCACUUCGCCCCCCUUGCUCAACAACAAUUUGGUGCCUCUACUUGAUACCUCCUUCGACUUAAACAAUGUCGAAUUCUCAGCAAAGCAAAAGGUAGUGUAUCCUUUGCCGUACGAGGGCGGCAAGAAUGAGAUGGUGUUAGAAUUACCAAUAUCGACAGAGUUGGAUGCAAUUUUUGAAGCAAUGAUGGAUACCUACUUUGGAAGAGAUGAAGUAAAUAAUCUAAUUAGCUAGGUCCAAUUCAUUAUAUUUUUUAAUUGCUCAAAUUGAGUAGUACAAGUAAUUAUAAUUACUCUUGUGUCAUCUUAAGCCAAAAGAUGCUAAGUGUGAUCGAUGCUUCUAGCUUUUGCCCUAUGUAUGCUUCCAAAUUAU